AUCUGUUUACAUGGAAACAUGGAGCUGCUUGUUAGUUUAAUUUUCUCUAAACAAUUAUUCCACUUCUCAAGAAGGGAUCAUAAAGAAAGCAAAGUAGAUAAAUGGAUGAAGAUGAUGGAAAGAAGAUCAUAAACGUUUAGAGAUUGAUAACCAGCACAAGUGAAGAACAUGUAUGAUAGAGAAAGACAAAGAUGCCUUCUGUCUCAUCCAGCCUACCCUCGUCAUAACUUGUCCCUUCGCGUCAGCCAUGCCAUUCCCCUCGGCUGCUUUACCUGCGGCCAAAAUUAUACUAUGUUUGCAGAGGAGUACCACUGCGCAACCUGCGGUGUGGAGUUCCACGAUGGUUGCCAUCAGCGUCCGAGGAGAUUCACACAUCCUUAUCAUCUCCAACACCCUCUCACUCUCUUCUAUCGAGGCCCUGAACACGGAACCAACUUCAACCCUUGCGGUCCCAACACAUUUGAUCAAGGGAGGAUUGCACAACCGUUUGCAGAUACUGUUGUGUCUAAAUCGGACAUUGUAUUCGACAAAUGCACUUGGUGUGGAAAAGACUUCCAAGGAGAUUGGUUUUACCGUUGUUUGAUAUGCAGCUUUUGCUUGGAUCUCCCUUGUGCGACAACUCUUCCACCUCUUACUAUUGCAAACCCAAAAGGUCACCACCACUCACUCCUCUUCUUACCUCGACCGUUGUUAGUUCCAUGUGAUGCUUGUGGGUUGGUGAACGCCUUGGAACCAAGUUAUGCAUGUUUCCAGUGUAACUACAUGGUCCACCAUAAAUGUAUAGACUUACCCCGAGUCAUCAAGAUCACGCGUCACCCACAACGUCUCUCUUUUAUUCCAUACCGUUCACCUGUGAUCUCCUUAUGCCGGAUUUGCUAUAAAGAUGUUGACGUCAAAUAUGGGCAGUAUUCUUGUAAAGAUUGUUCUUAUGUAGCUCAUCCUAAGUGUACCACUGAUAAAAACGUUUGGGAUGGGAGGGAACUCGAGUGGGAAGCAGAUGAGUCUGAUGAGAAUGAAGAAGAUAUUGCACCUUUCAAGAAGCUAGGCGAUGGCAUUAUAGAUCAUUUUUGUCAUGAGCAUCAUUUGAAGCACAAUGGUGUUGGAGACACAGAGAAGCAAUGCGAAGCGUGCCUGUUUCCUAUCGUCUCUCCUCAAUUCUAUCACUGCCGUGAAUGCAACUACUCUCUCCACGAGGAGUGUGCUGGUCUUCCUCGGAGACUAGCUCAUGCAUUGCACAACCACACUCUUAUCCUAGACCCUUCUCCCGGUGGAAGCUUUUCUUGUUCAGCUUGUUUCCGAGCAUCCACUGGCUUCCGUUACACAUGCUCUCAAGAAGCUUGCAGAGGUGUUGCGUUAGAUGUUCGAUGCAUCUCGGUUCAAGAGUGUUUCAUCCACAAAAGUCAUGAACAUCAACUUUUCAUCUCCACGUUCUACAGCAACAAGGGUGAGACUCUUUGUAACGGUUGCAAGAAAAGAUGUGUGACGUCUCACCUACAAUGUGCGGAAUGCGAAUUUGCCUUGUGUUACACAUGUGGUACCAUUCCAAAUGAAAUACACUACAGAUUCGACAAGCAUCCACUCACUAUUUCCUAUGGAGAAAGCGCUGAUGAGGACAUGUAUUGGUGCGAGGUGUGUGAGAAACAAUUAGAUCAAAGGGAAUGGUACUACACAUGUAACGAAUGCUGCGUCACUGUCCACCUUGGAUGCGUAUUUGGAUCCUCUUACACUAUGAAACCUGGUUCUAUGUUCCAGCAGAUAGGUGGGAAUGUGAAAGUUAUGCGCAACAGUAUAAGAACUCGUCUGUUCGGUUCCAUCUACUAUGAAGGCUAUUGGUGGAAUAGUAAGUGGAGUUACGACGAUUGCCGUUCUGAAGCAGUUGUUUUUUGCUCUUUAAUAUGUAAGGAAGUAGGGAUGAGAACACCGUUUAUAUGA